UCGCAGUUUCACUGUGCAGUGUGGAGCAGGAGUAGCAGACAGGGAAAGGACAGGUUCCCUUCAGUGACGCCAUGGAAUGAGCUUUGUUUCUGUACAGGAACAGCCGCAGCUUUUACCCGAAACUGACUCUAACAAGGUACAAAUAGGACUGGGAAGACUAGUUCCUGCUCUCAUCGUCUUCCUAAUGCGAUGCCGAAGAGUGACUCAUGGCCAGGCGGUGUUGCCACUAAAUCCUUGAGCAAUAUGGACAGUGCUGGUAGCUGUGAAAGUGUAAUCAGCAUGAACUCUGGCUAUAGUGAAGACAGUAUGGAGCAUUUAUCUGCAGAAGAGAGGGCAUGUAUCAUGUAUCUGGAGGAAACCAUCGAGGCUCUGGAGAUACAGGAGGACAGCGGCAUCUCAAACGAUGAACCAGAUCUUGGCUUACAGGCAGGAAAAAUGGAUCAGGGAAAAGUUAACGACACUUCCAGUUUUAUGUCUAAAUUUGGAGAAGUAGAGCAUCAUACUCUGUCUGAAAUCUCUGAACCAAAGUCCCACCCUGUUUCUGAGCCCAAUACACAAGAUCUCCUAUCACCAGUGAACCUUGUCACUCAACCAAAACCUCUAGUCACUGUUAACAGACCUGAGCUGUGUGUGACUACGGAUGCAAAUGGUAAUCCUAUAAUUGUCACAGGUAACAAUCUUCAUCCAGAUAAGUCCAGUGAGGCUUCUGGAAUGGAUCCGAGUCUGAUUCCUCCUCCCUCAGACUUCAUGGAUGAACCACAUCCUCUUGCACACCCAAAGGAAGUCAAACGCUUUCCUCCAUCUGCAGGUACAAAGAACAACAAGUCAUUAACAACUGUUGACUUGGAACAGAUUCGUCAGAGAGCCUCUGGGAAGAAAACCUCAUACAGCUCGUCUUUGACCGAGGAAAGUCCAAGCAUGCCGUCACCUGAAGUGUCUCCCUGUCCGAGUCCACUGGCCAUCCCAUCUGACUACCUAAGGAGUCCUCCUCCAGAGUCUGCUGAGCCCAGAAGUCCACCUGCUGUGGCGCCUAAGCCUAAGAAGCUUCCUGCCAACAUUCAGAAAUCGUACAGGUCACCGGCGACUGCCUCUGAAGGCAACGGGGUAACCACUAGUAAUGACCAGGUGCUGUUGGACCCGCAGAGAGUCCACAUGGAGGCGCUCCGAAAACUUGGCCUGCUAAAAAGUGACGAGGCAGUUUCAGGACCUCCUCUCAGCCCCAAAUUCUCUCUAUCUCCCUCACAAUCUCCCAGAACUAGAAGAUCAUGGGGAGCUCCUCCCUCUCCAUUCAGCCCAGCAGCUCUACAAACACCAUCUAACACCUAUGUCAACAGUCCAUCCCCUGUCUUUGUCCCUCUACAGCCUCUUCCUGCUACGUCUCCAUCAGUUAAUCCUUCAGCUCCAGAUAUUUUCCCAGUACCUGCUGCUUUCAGUGACCCUUCAGAAUCUCUGCCAGUUCAUGGAGCGUCUGCUGUCAAACAUGUUUCAAAGGACAAUGGAGAUGCAGAGGCAAAUAUGCCUCAUCUUAACUCUCCUACUUUGACCAAAUAUUUAACCCCACCCAAGAUCACAGGUGUCAAAUCAGCCACCCUGGAACGCUCGGGCCUGGAACUAAGCAGCUCUACAGCAAGUCAAGACUUCAAUAUGGCCAGUCAGCUGCGAAACAGUCGGCCACGCCCUGCCUCUCUGGGGAGCAGGAAAGAAUUUCCAAGCGCUCAAGGAGAAAAUGUGCAGAUGGGCCGUGCCACCAGUAAAGAGCACGACCCACGGAGGUCCCUGCCUGCCCACAGGGACUCUAAGCUGCCUCGAUCAGAGGGAAUCAGUGUGCUGAUCUGCCCACGUUCAGAUAAUGAAGAGGACCGUCGCAAGGCCCUGAAGAAGCUGGGGCUGCUCAGGGACUAAUGCUGAUGCUUUGCCACCUCAUCUUACUCUUCACCUAAUCACCACCAACUCCAUUCAGACAAUUCUUGUCAUACACAUGAUGAAGCCAUUACAGACCUUUCAGGAAGCAUCUUAACCACAUAUUAGUGCAUUUUUUUCAUUUCUGCUGCAUCAAGUUAGUAUAACCAGAGCCAGCCCGACAUCAACCAAAUACUGCCAUACCCACAUUUGCAUCUACUUUUACUAAUAUCUUCCUCAUGUACAUUGUUUUCAGUUCUCAUUCAUGUUGCACUCGUUGGAUAUCACUCACUCUCUCACUGUUGCUUAUGUGUUUUAUUGUAAAUUAAAUACUGUUACUUGUAACAGGCUGGGAACCAAAUGUGGCAUUUUAAAUGUUUGUGUCUUGUGAUCCAGAAAAAUUAACCAUAAAGUACUUUUCAUUGUUUGUUUUAGUUUUAGUUCACAUCUGUGAAUGUUCUCUGUCAUCUUCAGAAACUUGACUUUCAACUUGACUCAAGAAGGUCCAGUUGCUUGACCUUGGAUCAUAACUGAAGGUUGCUGGUUUGAAUAACUAAAAAUGUGCAGUGCCAGACCAUAGUUCACUGAAAACCCAAGGCAACUACUUGCAUUCUUUUGGUUGAUGAGAAUCACAAACAUAUGGGUUGCCUUUGUUGCAGAGUGACACACGUUUAAUGGCAGUGUUGUGUAGUGUGUCUGUGCUUUGGUCACAAACAUCCUUGUGAUCGUGUGUCAUGUUAAAUCACACACUGAGCCACUGGUGUUCUGUCUCUGCUUCAGCAACCUUUAUCUGAUGUGAAGCGAGACUUGUGCAACCUGUUUUCUCACUUUCUGGUUUUAGCCUUUACGCAACAGCCUCGCUGCUCUUGCUGGCACACUUACUAUAUGAGCUGAUGGACUGUCUGAAGAAUAUUUUAUCGCCCGGGAAUAAGACAAACAGUCUGUCCUCUUCCAUUUGAUGUUGAGGUCACCUACUGCUGUGACAACUGAGCUCAAUUUAUAAAAUACGUCUCUGAGUCAUUUACGUCAGGUUGUCGAACACAAUAAACCAUGGAGCAUAAAGCAUGACUUGUGCAAACCUUAA